CCGAGGAAGAGAUGCAGAGGAGUCGAGCGCGUCCGUGCGGCUCGCCAUCACGCUGAAAAAAACGAACCCGCGCUUACGACUCGUUACGACUCGACGACCUCUGCCGAGCACGAACACGCAGGCUAAUUUAUUGGCGCGGGGGGUGGUCUCGUCCGUGGACGCGUAUGCAUGUGUUCCGCACCGAACGGGCGAAAGAGCCGCCCCGGAUCCGCAGGCCGCAUGUUUCAGCUGGGCAAAGCGGCGCGCAGCGAACCCGAGCGGCGGGAGAGCACGGACAGCGCCCGCAGGGGAGGACAGCGGGCUCUGGAGCACUGCAGAGCGGCGGUGCAGGAGUUUAACACUCUGGUGGCACUCCACCGUGAGCAGGUCAUCUCCAUUGGAGAGAUCACGGCCGAUUGUCCAACUUUGAGGGCACGCAUGCACAGCACACGCACCAAAGGCUGCACGGUGGCUCAGAGCGCCUACCAGCACCUUACGCUCAUCUCUGGGCCAGAGGAUGGCGAGAUCCACCCUGAAAUCUGCAGGCUUUUCAUCCAGCUGCAGUGCUGCUUGGAGAUGUACAUCACCGAGAUGCUCAAGUCCAUGUGUCUGUUGGGUGUGCUGCAGCUCCACAGGAAAGGAAACGAGCCGUGCCCCGAGUCAAAUGCAGACUGCAGGGUGGACGAAAGCUCUGAUGUCCCCAUAUUGGAGGACAGGUCUUCAUCACCUGUCGACUUCCCUCAUGAAUCCUGGCUUGUGUGCACAGAUAUUGAGAACAUAGAAAGUGACAUGCGUGAGAUGAGAAAUCUGCUAAGCAAACUCAGGGAGACUAUGCCUUUGCCACUGAAGAACCAAGAUGACAGCAGUUUGCUAAACCUGACACCCUACCCACUGGUCAGGCAGAGGAAGAGGCGUUUCUCUGGGCUCUGCUGCCUUGUAAUUUGUGUACUAAUGGGUCACAUCAGGUUCCUUCUCAUAUUCCUUUUAAUCCUGGCCUCAGUCAAGACCAUUUCUGGCUGUUACUGUGAUCAUUAUGCAUGGAGCUCAUGGUCCUAUUGCACCAAGACUUGUGACCAGGGGACUCAGGAACGUAGCAGAAACGUCCGGUAUGAUGAGCACUGGACCAAGAACAAAUGUGCUCAGCUGUGCCAGACAUAUGAGCGCCGGACAUGUAAUGUUCAUCCAUGUCCCAUAAACUGCCAACUGACAGAGUUUGGACCGUGGUCAGAAUGUUCACCCUGUGCCAAAAAAAUGUUCAGAACCAAGUCUAUCCUGAGGCCAGCUCAGUUUGGGGGACAGGACUGCAGUGACUCUCUGAUGGAGGAACGACCUUGUCAUCCUUCUAAAGAAUGCAGAAUUGAAAAAAUCAACUGCAAGGACCAAUUCACCUGUGAUAACGGCAGAUGUAUAAAAGCUGUUCUUGAGUGUAAUGGCCAGAAUGACUGCCUGGACAACUCUGAUGAGAAAAACUGUGGCCAAAUCAAAGACGUGUGUGCUACAAAAAGAGUGUUUAUCCCUUUGCCUGGAGUGGAUCUCAUCGGCAGUGGGUUUGAUGCUGUCGCAGAGCAGAUGAGGGGUGCUGUUUUAGACAACUCUAUCAUGGGAGAUGAAUGUCGCUUAAACCGCAGCAAAGAAAACAGGAAAGUCUACCGCAUCCCAGCCAACAUCGAGAGCUAUGAAAUUAAUGUGGAAACACUUGAGGACAUUAAGGAGAACCUACCAGUGCAUUCUGAGCAAGUCACACCGAAAACUCAGAUCUCAAGCUCUGAAUCGUCUAAUCCAGGGGGCUAUUCCUUGAAUAUUCCCAUCUUUCUGAAAGUUCUGCGACAAUCUCACCAGUCCAAAUCCUUCGAAGAAGAAUUGAGCGCAUUUCAAAAAAAGGACUCUGAGUAUUUCAGGGUACACCAGGAAAUAGCCAUAUCCACUUUCAGAACAAAAUCAUCUGACCUGUACCUCUCGCAACCCUUCCUGACCUUCCUCCACAACCUACCUCUGGACUACAACUACGCCCUCUACAGGCAGAUCUUUCAGCAGUUUGGGACUCACUACUUCAGCUCUGGUACUCUGGGAGGGCGGUACGAUCUGCUUUUCCAAUAUGAUCGUGAACAGCUCAAGACUCAGGGUUUUUCACAGGAGCAGACGAAAAGCUGCCUUCAGAAAGAAUUUUCUAUCCACAUCUUCAUUUAUUCUACAAGUUCACAUAGCAAUAGAUGUGGUACGAACACGCAGACCACCAGAUAUGAAGGUUCAUUCCUACAGACAUCAGAGAAAUCCAUAUCAUCAGUGAAGGGAGGAAGAGCGGAGUAUGCUGCAGCUCUGGCCUGGGAAAAGAAAGGUGCUCCACCAGACAGCACGACUUACAAGGACUGGAUCAGUUCCACUAUAGACAACCCCACUGUCAUAGACUACGAGCUGAAGCCUCUGGUGGAUCUUGUACGCGGCAUUCCCUGUGCUGUGACUAAGAGACGGCACAUGCAUAAGGCUCUGGAUGAGUAUCUGACAUCCUUUGACUCAUGUAAAUGUGCCCCAUGUCCCAACAAUGGCCGUCCCGCCUUGUCAGGGACAGUGUGUGUGUGUAUCUGCCAGACUGGAACCUAUGGGGCCAACUGUGAGAAACGAGCAAAGGACUAUACUUCAGAGGCAGUUGAUGGCCAUUGGAGCUGCUGGAGCUCAUGGAGUGUCUGUGACGCAACCUUAAAGAAGCACCGGACACGCUCCUGUAACAACCCUGCUCCUCAGAAAGGAGGGAAUCCCUGCCAAGGCCCCAAGCGGCAGGAGGAGGAGUGCACCAUCUCUAUCUUCCAACAGAAGGAUGUGUGCAUCAAUGAUGAUGACUUUGAGUUUGAGGGAGAAAGUGAGAGCAUUCUGCCUCCUGGAGCUUCUGGCUGUGCCAAACCCAAACCACCUGCCCACAGCUACCUGAGGAUCAAUAAGCGAGUGUAUGAUUAUGGAGAUCAUGAGGAGUUUGUGUGCUUCUCUGGUUUCGAGCUGGAGGGUUACCAGCUCAUUCACUGCCAGCAGGAUGGAACGUGGGAGGAGGCAAAGGGCAGCUGCAUCAAGAGGUCGUGUUCCAGACCUAAAGUGCCCCAUGACAUGAACAUAUCCCCAAGCAAAGAGGAAUACAGUAUUGGCUCCGGUGUCAUUCUGAGCUGCACGGACAGUACCAUGAGUCCAUCAGGUCCAACUUACUACACCUGCACUAACGUGCUCAACUGGGAGCCGUCCAUCCCUGAUGACAUACAGUGCAAAAGCGAUGAGCCCUUUAUAGCAGACAGCAGCUGUGAGAUGGGACAGCAGCGUGUGGGUUCCACAUGUGUCUGCAUUCCUCGAGAAGACUGCAGGAAGUAUAAGAACGACAUUUGUGCUUUGGACGUGACAAAAGACCGCGCUGUGAUGAUGUCCUUCUGCUCCUUUCACGCUGACCGUUGCCAUGGAGACAAGCUACACUUCAUUAACAAUGGUCCAUGUAAAGAUGAUGUGAACUGGGCCAGAUUCAGGGCCAGCAUUUCUGAGAAGAGCUCGGUGCAGAAGCCAUGUGGAUCAGACGCCUGUUACGAGUGGGAGACCUGUUCAGCAUCUGGUAGGUGUGCGUGCAUAUCUCCCAGAGAUUGUCCAAAGACCGAUGGACAAGAUUACUGUGUGAAUAUCGUGAGACUUCAGCGCAAGCAAACUCUCAAGCUGUGUAACAUGGCUGCCAUGAAGUGCAGCGGCUUUGACUUGGAAAUCCUUCAUGAAGGUGUAUGUUAAAACCCAUAAAUCGAAUUCAUACUCCUGAUGCUGUGACAUAACCAUGCUCUAUGUAUACCUAUUCACUCACUUUCUUCUGAUAUUGUCAAGCACUGAGGUAACAUUUUAUAAACACUUUCACUUUGAAUUAGUCGGUGUUAAAUAUUUAUGUGGAACACUAUUGUGAAUAAAGUUCAAGGGUAAUGUG